GCGCAUCACAACAAACAAAAAAUAAAAAGUCUCUGAUUUUGCAUUUAUUUCACAAAGGGUGUUGAAGUCGUGCAUAAGAAAUAUUUUUUGACUACUUUUUUGAAGGGAGGAUAUGUUGGCCUUUGAGUUUUCUUGUUGUUUUUUGGUUCUUUGGAUAAACAUUAGGUUUCUGUGAUACGUAAACAGACUUUAACAGGAAGUAGUUUAGACGUCUUCUUCUUCUUCCUAUUUGCUUUAAUAAAGUUGCUGCUUUGUUAAUUGAAUGCCAUACUAUUUGUUUCUCGAAAAUUUUUUAGGCUUUGGUUUCUUCAGCAGUAUCAGAGUUCAUUGUAUUUGAGGAUGGCUUUGCAGCGAAAAAAGCGAGAGCAUCCAAGUGGAAAUGCUGAUUUUAAUGAGAUCGAGGACGAAGCUUAUGAGAGUGUAGGGUUUCAUGACUAUGGAGAUUAUUUUGAACGAAAGAAGAGAAAACUGCAAAACCAGAAUGCUGCACUCUAUAAGGAUAUGGAAGAUUCAUCGAAAUCAAACCUUUUUGAGGGACUCAGUAUGGCCAUAAAUGGUUAUACAAAUCCUUCGUAUUCAGAGUUACGAACGAUGAUAAUUCAAAAUGGAGGAACCUUUGUGCAAUAUGUGGAUAGAAAAACAAGCAUUUCUUUCCUCAUUUGCUCAUUUUUAACACCGUCAAAGGCUAUUCAAUGGAAACACCAUAAAGUAGUGACUCCUCAAUGGAUAGUCGAUUGUGUUCGGCAACAAAAGCUUUUACCUUGGAUGAACUAUCGUGCUGUUCAGCCUGCCGCUUCACAGUCUUUACUUGCUUUUCCUGAUGCUUUCAAGAAAUAUGAUCCCCAAGUGUCUGAGCAGCUUCAUGAAUCCUCGGAAGUCGAAGGACAACCUCAAGAUGCGCUGCCAAGUUAUCAUUUAGAACAGACAGAGACAAAAGAAAACAAAGAUGAGCUUUCCAAUCGUCUAGAUUCUCUAUCUAGAUCAGCGUUGCACAAUUAUCACCUAUUAAAAAAUCCAAACAUUCGAAAAUCCACUACUCAAAAUCCAGAGUUUCUUCAGAAGUUCUUUGAUUCUUCUCGGUUGCACCAUCUUAGCACCUGGAAGGCUACUUUAAAAGAGGAAAUUCAAAUUAUGACGGCUUCUUCUUCUAGCCUUACUUCUACAGGGAACAUAAAGAGCGGAAAUAAGCAGCAUUAUAUAAUGCACGUUGACUUUGAUUGCUUCUUUGCCUCAGUGUCUACUAGAAACGCACGUGAGCUACAGCUGAAACCUGUGGCUGUUGCCCAUGGUAUACGAAAUUCGGAAAUUGCUAGUUGUAAUUAUGAAGCUAGAAAGUAUGGGAUUAAAAACGGAAUGUUUGUUUCUACGGCCAAGAGUCUAUGCCCUUCUUUGGUACUUGUAGAUUAUGAUUUCGAUGCAUAUGAGUCUGUUUCACGAGAAUUUUAUUCUGUUUUAGCCGACACUCCUAAUGACUGUUUGAAAGUAAUUAGUAUAGACGAAGCCUUACUUGAUUUAACAACUCAUGUUGAUUCUUUCGAGGAAUGCACCAAGGUCGCAGAGUCCAUUCGUACGCGAGUUAGAACUAAAACGAAUUGCGAUGUCAGUGUGGGUAUUGGAUCGAACGUUUUACUAGCAAGACUUGCUUUACGGAAAGCAAAGCCGCACAAUAUAUUUUACAUUAAGGAUGAAGAUGCAUGUGAGUUCUUGCAGUGUCUCUCUGUUCAAGAUUUACCCGGUGUUGGUCCCUCGCAGUCUUUCAAGCUGUUUGACUUGUAUGGCGUCAAAACUGUAGGAGACUUACAACAAAUAAACAAGCAUGGUCUUCAGGAAACAUUUGGUGUUAAUUAUGGAUUGCACUUGUACAAUAUAGCUCGAGGAGUCGACACUAGUCAUAUAAGUAAUGAAACCCCGCGUCGGUCUGUCUCUGUCGACGUGAAUUGGGGGGUUCGUUUUAUAUUUUUGGAAGAUGCAAUGGACUUUUUGAAACGCCUUUUAAAAGAGUUACUAAUUCGCAUGUCCAAAUGCGAUGUCGUGUUACAUCAACUUCAACUUCGGGUUUUAAAGCGAGCAGAAAAUGCUCCGUUUGAUCCUGCUAAAUAUUUAGGUGCCGGUGAAGUUACGACCUUGACGAAAUCUGCAAUGUUUACUUCUGCUACUAAGUCGUUCGAUAUCCUUUUCAGACAGGUAAUAAAUUUAUAUACAUCUCUGAAUGUGGAUCCGGGAGAUGUGCGAGGAAUAGGUCUUCAGGCAUUAAAAAUUGUGAAAGAUGAUAAAAACGAAAGAGUGUUUAACUUUAAUGCGCCGCUAAAAACUCCUCAUAAACAAAUCCUUCCUGGUCCAUUGAAUGAACAGCAAGGUCAAAAUCAAGGUAAUGAAAACAUUGAAGCUUCUUCGACAUGUACCACUUUCAUUCCAUCAACUCCGUAUGAUCUUCCUUCGGCGUCGCAAGUGAGUCCAAGUGUUUUGGCCCAACUGCCUCAGUCUAUGCAAGGAAACAUAAGACGACAACUGGAAUUGCAAAAUAAAAGAGUUGAUGAAAUUCCAAGUCAGUUGGAUCCAUUAUUUCUGAAAGAAUUACCUACACCGAUCAGGAAUGAGGUAAAGGAAGAUCAUGAAAUUACUAUCAAUAGACGGUUAAAAUUGAAAAGUCAUGUGCAGCCGAAUGACAAUAUUCCGACGGAGACGGCGAAAAAAAUUCAGCAGCAAGAUGCUUUCGAAAAGAUGUUGAGGCCAAACAAGAAAGUAAAAAAGCAGUACAUCCCUCAAGUAGAUCUUCAGGUGCUGGAAGAGCUUCCGAAAGAGAUUCAAGAAACUGUACUAGAGGAAACUAAAGUAAAUCGUUAUGACUUAGCUCGGGAAGUAAAAAUGAUCCCAAAUCCUGUCAUUACUUUUCAGCAAAAACAAUCAAUUAAUGAACUUCGAGAACUGCUUGCUAGAUGGUACGAGAAAACACCAAGAGGUCCUAAUUCUCGUGAUGUUGAUUACUUUUCUAAGUAUCUUGGCCGUGUUAUUCGAGAAGAGCGAAAUUUAUUAAAAGUACAAGCUUUAAUUCGAUGGCUCCAGCAACUGAAUCGCAAAGAUAAAAUAGGAGCUUGGCAAAUGGCAAUAGAAAAAACCGUUGAGGUAGUCCAAGAAGCAUGUUUUAUAAGGCAAACACCUCCUCUCGUUUUGUUGUAAAUAACCGCAUGCGUUAUGUUUCGUUUAUGUUUUUUAUUUUUAUUUUUUAUUUUUUAUAAUUUUGGUUAAUACGUUUGUAUAUAGUUUUAAUGGAUAAUUCAUAUCAGAGCAAGGCGACUCAUAUAUAUGAAAGUACUGGAAUUUUUUCAUGAGCGG